CGCAGGCCUCCCACCCAGAGGAGAAUGGCUGCAGAAAAUCACUCCACAGUGACAGAGUUCAUUCUCGGGGGACUAACGAAUCAGCCUGAGCUCCAGCUCCCCCUCUUCCUCCUCUUCCUAGGGAUCUACUCAGUCACCGUGGUGGGGAACCUGGGCCUGAUCACCCUGAUUUGUCUGAACUCUCAGCUUCGCACCCCCAUGUACUACUUCCUCAGCAAUUUGUCACUCGUGGAUCUCUGCUACUCCUCUGUUAUUACCCCUAAAAUGCUGGUGAACUUCGUAUCAGAGAAGAACAUCAUCUCCUACGCAGGGUGCAUGUCACAGCUCUACCUCUUCAUCGUUUUUGUCAUUGCAGAGUGUUACAUGCUCACUGUGAUGGCCUAUGACCGCUAUGUCGCCAUCUGCCACCCUUUGCUUUACAACAGCAUCAUGUCUCGUCCCAUCUGCUCCCUGCUGGUGGCUGUGGUCUACACAAUGGGACUCAUUGGCUCAACAAUAGAAACUGGCCUCAUGUUAAAACUUCCCUAUUGUGAGCUUCUCAUCAGUCACUACUUCUGUGACAUCUUCCCCCUCAUGAAGCUCUCCUGCGCUGGCACCUAUCAUGUGGAGAUGACGGUCUUCUUCUUGGCUGGAUUCAACAUCGUAGUCACCAGCUUAACGGUCCUUGUUUCCUAUGCCUUCAUCCUCUCCAGCAUCUUUCGCAUCAGCACCACAGAGGGCAGGUCCAAAGCCUUCAGAACCUGCGGCUCCCACCUUGCAGCUGUGGGGAUGUUCUAUGGGUCGACCGCGUUCAUGUAUUUAAAACCCUCCACGGCCAGUUCCCUGGCCCAGGAGAACGUGGCCUCCGUGUUCUACACCACGGUGAUCCCCAUGCUGAAUCCCCUAAUCUACAGCCUGAGGAACAAGGAGGUGAAGGCUGCUGUGCAGAAAUCACUGAGGAGAAAAUCAUUUUGA